AUGGCUCCGCCAUCUCCGCCGGCGCCCCCGAGCCCAAAGCCACCACCGAUGCGCAGGCAGCCAAUACGAGUGAAUUUGGCAAAGAAGCUCAAGGAAGAUUUGUAUGCUCUUGGCAACAAAAUUGAGCACAAAUCGCUUGAUUGGGGCGGUAGCUUUCCAGGGAGUCACGACUUCUACCGGACACGCGAUAAACCAGACCAAGAGAUAUACAUCUUGAAGCCGAAGGCCGGCACGAAGAAACCGCGCCAUAAGAGAGUGCAAUCUGGAGCUAAAGAGCGCGGUAGUGCGAAGAAAUCGCGAACCGACACUGUGGCUGACCGCGCGGCCCCACCUCCAUACAUCGUGCUUUCGAGUCCAGAGCCAGAAGACGAUGUCGACACACCCGACCCUCAGGAAAGCCGUGCUGUCCGCAGUGGGAUGACGGGUGUGACCCCACUACCAGAGAGAGGCAUAGUGUAUCGGUACUGA